AUGUCUUCCUCUUCCACACCAUUCACGAUCUGCCUCUGGAUGAAUGACACAGCCGAAGAGGCAGCGAAGCAUUACACGUCGAUAUUCAAGGAUUCCAGAAUCAUUGAGACGACUCACUAUCCCGGUGCUGGUGAAGAAGUCCAUGGCCACAAGGCCGGAAGCGUCAUGACGGUGGUCAUAGAGCUCAACGGGCAACGCUUCAUGCUCCUCAACGGUGGCCCCAACUUCAAGCCGAACGAGGCGGUCUCGCUGAUGGUCAUGUGCAAGGACCAGGAGGAGAUCGACUACUACUGGGACAAGCUGGGUGAGGGCGGUGACCCGUCGAAUCGCGCCUGCGGCUGGACCAAGGACAAGUACGGCUUCUCGUGGCAGAUUACGCCGCAGAAGAUGGGCGAUGUCUGGACCAAGGGCGACAAAGAGGCCGUGAACCGAUCGAUGGACGCCAUGAUGGGCAUGCAGAAGCUGGACAUGGAGGGAUUGCAGAAGGCCUAUGACGGAAAAUGA